CUUUGGGCAAAUUAUUACUUUGCUUCUUAUUAUUACAGAAUGGCAGCUCUGGGAAAUGACACAUAUAAUUUUAAUUCUGAUGUUUUUAAAAAUGUCUUCUAUGUUUAUACUCUGUGUCUGAGCAAUUGGUUAUAAAGGUUGUUUUACAUUGUGUGCAGGAAUAACAUAGGUAAGGUGGUAAACUCAGCGAGAAGGACAUGGUGACUAUUUAUAUAACUGAAAUGGGACCCUGAGCAUGUGUUUCUGUCCGUCAGGCAGCAUGUUCAACUGCUGGGCACACACAAGCUCACUUGUUUUCUCUUUCACUGCUCCAUAUCCUGUCCUUUCCUGACAGAGUAUUAUUUCUUUUGAGGAGUAUAUUUGUGUGGUAUUUUUUUUUUUUUUACUCACCUGGUUAAAAAAAAAAAGAAUACUAACCAUCUUUCCCCUCACUCUUUUGGAUCUUUUGUUUCGUCUGGUUGGGAUUUUUCCUCCUUUUUCCAGUCUGAUUGCUUGCUCUUCAGUGUGCAUUCAAGCCUUUCCUUUUCCCUCGUUCUCCUUUUUCCUUCUCCCCUGUCUUCUUCUGUUCCCUGUUUCUUUGUGUGUGGUGUGUUUUUGGGGCUAUGCUCUCCUCACCCACUGUGAUCCUCCAGCCUUAUGGACUCCCCGUCUACCCACAGACAACCACAUGCUACCCCAGCAUAGUUCAGGGAGGCCCCGCACAGGAGGCCGGGCCCGGCACCGGGGACCCGGGUCUGCCCCAGGUCUACGCCCCACCCCCCUCUUAUCCUCCACCAAGUCAAGGACCACCAACAUCAGCUGGCAGACUGCCCACGCUUGACUUUAGCCCUGUGCAUCCCGGUUCAGAGUACCCUGAACACCCGCAGCUCCGAGUCUAUCAGGGCCCUCAGCACGAAGGGGCCGACGGCCUGACAUCCAGUAACACGGAAGAUGCUCUGGUCCCUGUGACGUCUGACCAGUCUCUGAGCGUGUCUGUGUCAUCGGGGGGUGGAGCGGGAAGCGGGAGUGAAGAGGAGGGCUCAGGUAAAGCCCAACCCAAGCGCCUCCAUGUCUCCAACAUCCCAUUCCGCUUCAGAGACCCAGACUUACGUCAGAUGUUCGGGCAAUUUGGAAAAAUCCUUGAUGUAGAAAUCAUCUUCAAUGAGCGGGGGUCAAAGGGCUUUGGAUUUGUCACUUUUGAGAGCGCUGCUGAGGCCGAUAGAGCAAGAGAAAAGCUGAAUGGGACAAUUGUAGAGGGGAGAAAGAUUGAGGUUAAUAAUGCCACUGCAAGAGUAGUUACAAAGAAACCUCAGACGCCUCUCGUUAAUGGUGACAUUUCAGCAGCUUCUGGGUGGAAGAUUAACCCUGUCAUGGGGGCAAUGUUUGCACCUGAACUCUAUACAGUCGCCAGCUUUCCCUACCCUGUAGCGACUCCCACCCUGGCCUACCGGGGCUCUGCGCUGCGUGGCCGAGGUCGGGCUGUCUACAACACCAUUCGCUCUGCUGCCACACCCACUGCUAUGCCCGCCUACCCUGGGGUUGUAUAUCAGGAUGGACUGUAUGGAACAGAAGUCUAUGGUGGCUACCCUGCAGCAGCUUACAGAGUGGCUCAAUCAGCAUCUGCAGCCACAGCAACCUACAGUGACGGGUACGGACGAGUCUACGCCACAGCUGCAGAUCCCUAUCACCACUCAGUUGGACCAACAACGACAUAUGGAGUUGGUACAAUGGCCAGUUUGUACAGAGGAGGAUACAACCGCUUCACCCCGUACUGAUCCACCAGGCAAAGGGGGAGCAGGAGGAGAGGGUCUUCCAUGAACUCUGGGAUUGACCGGUUAUGAGCUCUUAAACCUCAAAAAUCUGGAAAAAUGGCAUCUCCAUCACAACCUCAUCUUUAGAGAGUAAGCAGACUGAAGUUUUAAACCCUUAAGGACCCGUCCUCCGCCCAUCCUGCUGAAGCACACUGAAAAGGAUGUAUUUAUAGACAGUUACUUCAAACCUUUAACUGAAUUUUGCUUGGGGAUUUUUAAGAUGCUACAGAAGCAUUAGCUGUUGAAAAAUACUGUGAGUUUUUUGUGUGUAAUAUCUAAAAGGGGUCAAACUGUACAAAAAACAUGUUGUACAAUGUUAUAUUACUUAUUUUUGAGCAGGUUUGUUUUUUUGAGCGUGUGACUGUGUGUUUGUGUGAGUGCGUGUGAGCAUAUUGUUCACUUUCUCAGUUGACUGAGAGACAGCUGUGACACUUGGUUUCACUAACUCAACCUCAAAACCGCUGUUGGAUCCAGAUGAGUGUAACUUCUUUGCUUUUCUUUUUUCUUCGUUCUAAAAAUCUACCUCUCAUACAUUUUUAGCUUUUCAUACAGUUAAAUGGUUGCGGUUUUUGUGAUUUCUGUUCCUCUCCAUGUCUCUGUUCAUAGAUCCAAACAGUCUAGAUUCCUUUUGUUUUAGAUCAUACAGUUAAAGACUUUCAGCUCUUAGACAGCCAGAGGAUUAUAGGCCUCGCUCGAGGGCGCCUCAUCAGUACCAUUGCCAAGAUUUGGACCGUCUUCUUGUCAAUACUUGAGCCAUCACCCUUUAUUACCUUCUCUUCCUGUUUUUUUUUCUGCCUCUUUCCUCUCUUCCAACUGCUGAAUGACUUCUAUCCUCGAUAUCUUGUGCCUGUCUUUUUUUCUUUUCCACUCUUUCCUGCUGUGUUUGACUUUUACCUCUAAAUAAAAGUGUUUUUUCCCUCUC